AUGACAGCAGCUUGCCCACAUCCUUUUAACUCUGGCUUCUCGGAUCGCUACCCCUUUGAUAUACAAGUAAAUCCAUUGCCAUGUAAGUUUGACCUCUCCUUCUAUUUCUUCUAUCAGACCCCUAGCUUCUGGUUUGAGGAUUCCCUUGGAAGGAAAGGCUCCUGCACCCACAAACGUUCUGCAUCCUGGGGCAGUGUGGACCACCUGCGAGAGAUUGUCAAGCUGAAGCAGCAGCUGCAGCAGCGGGGCAGGCAGAGUGGGUGGGAGAGAGAGUGCCACCCCCCCCUCCCUGGAAACCACAGCCUCAGCACAGCACAGACACCCUCCCCCCUGGGCCCCCAGACCCCCCUGUCUAGGCUGGCCCCCCGCCUGUGUCGGAGUGUGGAGGGACUGAACCUGGAGCUGGAGGGAGUCUUCGUGAAACAGCAGGCUGAGAAAGAGAUCGGCAGGAUUCUGGAUAUCCCUGAUGGUCACCGCGCUCCGGUCCCUCCCCAGCGCUACAGCAGUGUCUGUCAGAGUGAGUCCUCCCCUGCACCCCUGUCCCGCUCCCCCUCGCCCUGCCUCGGCCCUGUGAGGGACACUGCUCCAAACCUGGACAGAGACAGUGGCUCCCCCUCUCCUGUGCUGCUUUUAUCCUCGUCCCCCGGACCCAACAACAGCUACAGCUUCAAGAGAGAGCCUCCUGAGGGGUGUGAGCGCGUGCGUGUCUGCGAGGAGUCUGUACCGCACUACCUCGGCCAGGCUUUCCUGCACUCCUCCUGUCCUGACAAAAACAAGGUGAACUUCAUCCCCACGGGCUCCGCCUUCUGCCCUGUCAGUCUCCUCAAGCCCCUCCUCCCCUCAAUGGACUUCCUGUUCCGCAGUCUCUCUGUUUCCCCAAGCGGGAGCGGUGCAUCCUGUCCGGCGGGUGGCUACCUGGGUCCGGCCAUGUGAACCAGCUUCUCCAGCGCAUGGGGUGGGGGGAAAUCACGAGGAGCCUUCUGUCCAGCAAGGAGACAGAGGCUACUACACUACGGCCAGCUCUGUCUGAGCACAGAACUGGGGGCUGACAAGCCUCAUUUUGAGGCUACAGUGUCUAAAUGCACUUGUUUUUUUUGUUUUUUUUUAUAAAUGUUCUAGCAAGAGAGAUGGAGGGAAUCUGUCAAUGCAGAUACAGGUCUUUUUUUGAUCAACAUUUCAGAUCUUCAAGGUACAGAACAAUGUAGGGCAGGUUGGGGGGCGGGGGGGGAUCCUACAAAAAAAACGCAGCUAGCAGGGGUCUGGGUCUGUCAGCGGUUGGGGUUAUACAUACAAUUUGUUUCUGUUGCUUUUCUCCAAGUCUCUUUAAAUGACAGUGCCAUUUCAGAUAUGUUGUGAAAACAUUUACCUGCUGAUCACACUGCUAAAAACUCAAAAUUAACUUACAGACACCGUUUUGUAUAGUCUGCAGUAGCUAGCUAUACCGAACAUGGUUAUAUACUGUACACAGCACGUGUGUACAUUUUGUAUUUAUCUUUUAUAAGCCAGUGUAAACAAACAUUUGUAUUC